CUGCUGGAAAUUCCAGAUCUGCUCUGCUCUUCUCCCCUGUCCGCCGGCUGUUAUGUGGGUUUGGAUUUCUGGGCACUUUUCGGCCCGUGAGCCCCCCCUGCAGAUGCCGUCGGCUUCCUUCCCAGCCGGAACCGGCCUUUGCUUACCGAAAAUUCUAGUUUUGAUUGUUCUGUCACCGUAGCACUUGGGUUAGCCUUCUGUUCUGUGCGAGUAAGGUAAGUAAAUCAUGGUAAACCCUUCGAUUUUAAAGCAUGUUUUAAACUGUUUUUGAGAUGGUGGCAAGGUUUAAAUUGAUUUUAAAUUGAUUUUAUCAGCAUCUGAAUGUGAUUAAACUGAAAUGAAAAUUGUGAUGGUUUUUAUGAGAAUUUCACUGUUUUCUGGAAUUGAACAUGAUUGGAAUGAAAAUGGGAAUUUCAUUGUUUUUCUGGAAUUAAGCAUGAUUGAAAUGAAAAGUGAGAAUUUCAUUGUUUUUCUAGAGUUAUUGCACCGAGCAUGAUUGGUUUGAAAUGAAACUGUUUUCAUUGGUAUUGAGUAGAGCAUGCCUAUUUGGAAUUGACUGAAUUGUUUUGAUGAACUGAGAGUUUGCAAAUUCUGAGUUUUCUGUUAAAUCCAUGCCACAUGGAAAUUUUUCGAUUUGUUCUGAAAUUCGAGAUCGAUUGUGAAAUUCGGGUUUUCCUGUAAACUCUGCAUGGUUUUGUCUUGGAUAUAGUCAUGAUUACUGAUUACUGUGCCCGCUAGUGGGAGGUUUAUAAACGCUAGCACAUGUCGACAUGUAUUUCUGUAGAACCGGUUCACCCUACCAAUGGGGUUAAACAUUGGUAAUUACUGUCGCCUGCCAGUGGGAGUUGUAAACACUGGCACCAUUACUGUCGCCUGCCAGUGGGAGUUGUAAACACUGGCACCAUUACUGACGCCUGCCAGUGGGAGUUGUUAAACACUGGCACUUCUGUAACCUUGCCAAUGGGGUUAAACAUUGGCAACUACUGUGCCCGCCAGUGGGAGGUUUAUAAACGCUGGCCAUGACUUAUAGAUGAGACUACUGAACUGAGUUUUCUUCUGCAUUGACGGUUUGUCAUGAAACAUUUUGUUAUUGAACUGAAUCUGAUUUUGCAUUAACGAGUUGUCAUUGAAUGCUUUGCAAUUAAACUGAAUCUGAUUUUGUCACCGAGCGUUUUGGUUAUAUUAAACUGUUUAUCUGGCGUGCUUAAAAGUUUUACCCAAGGGCUAUCCAUAUUUACUUACUGAGUUAUCUCAUAGUUUUCCCUUGUCCACCAUUUCAGGAAGCGAAACUGAGGACGGGGAAACCGAGGGGAGUGACGAGUUAGAAGGCUAGCCAUUUCGAGAUUGGUAUAGAUUUAGAAAUAAAUCAUGCUCUUGCAAGCUAGAGUGUAUGUGGAGAUUU